AGACGCCAACCCCCACCUCCACCGCCUCCAUCACCUCCACCAUGGCUGUGACCCGCCAACCCGGCAGCUUCGCGCCCUCAGACUUCCAGACCGGCCUGUGCGACUUCUGCGACGACUGUGGAACCUGCUUCUACGGGCUGUGCUGCUACACCUGCCUGGGCUGCUCCAUCGCCAGCGACAUGGACGAGUGCUGCCUGUGCGGCCUGAGCAUGGCCAUCCGCAGCGUGUACAGGACCAAGUACAACAUCCAGGGCUCGCUGUGUGGCGACUUCGUGGCGGUCGGCUGCUGUCCGCUCUGCGCCACGUGCCAGCUGAAGAGAGACAUCGACCGCAGGAAGGAGCAAGGCAUCUUCUGAUUGGGCAGGCGCCCCCCCGGAGGCGGUUCUUCGGUGACCUUUGGGCUCCAGCCCGACCUUUCUCCUGUGAAGACGGUUAUUCGCUGCUUUUCGGGGCCUCGGGUCCUCCGGGGGAAAUGACAUUUUGGGUGAAACGUUGUCCGCGGCGCUCCCCAGAGGGCAGACCAGCGUCGAGAUUUACC